UGUUCAGGGAACAAAAACAUAUCUAAUUAAAUGUUCUUAUUUAAUUAUGUAGCAGUAGCUCUGGCAACAGAAAAUGUUUAUUUUUUUACGUAUUAUAUACUUGCUUAUGAGACACUAUAAUAAUUCAUUAUCAUGCAUGUCUAUUUAUAUGGCUUUGUCUGUAUUUAGCUUUACUAACUGUAAAAGAUGAAUGGUGCAAUGCAGAAUAUAUAGCCUAUUAUAUUAAGUGAAGUUGUAUAUACUCUGUCUAUAAUGUGUGCUUUAUCAUCUCAGGUUGAGAACAUGAACUCCAGCGCUGUCUCAGAGUAUGGUAACUCUACUUUACUCCUUGUGAAUGCAAUACCCCGGGACAGCUUCAGCGCUGCUCUCACUAAAAACAUUGUGGCCAUGCUUGUAUGGCUGGCGCUCAGUGUCCUUAAUUGCAGUAUGGUGUCCACUUUCCGCAAGCACAGUUUCUUCUAUGAAGAUCCACGUUAUAUCAUGUUUGUCUGCAUGGUCAUUAAUGAUGCUGUACAACUGACACUGGUAACCGCCUUGUAUGUGGUGAGUUAUGCCUUUUCAAAGAUCCUGGUGUCUGCCUGCUGUCCUCUGAUCAUGACCGCUGUGACGACCACCCGCUCCACCCCGCUCAUCCUGGCCGGCAUGGCCCUGGAGCGCUACAUCUCCAUCUGCUUCCCCCUCCAUUACAGCCACAUCUGCACGGCGACACGCACCAUGUGGAUCAUCGGGGUGAUAUUCCUCCUGAGCUUCACUCCUCCUCUCACCGAUCUUUUCAUCACUGUCGCCAAAGAACCACCACUGUUCUUCCACACAUCCAUAUUCUGCGAUCACUCGCUCCUAUUCCAAGACCGCUCGAUCUAUUUCAAGAACCUUGUGUUUGAUAGUGUAUAUUUCUCUUUUGUCUUCUUGACUUUGCUUUAUACGUACUGUAAGAUCAUGCUGACGGCCCGCGCGGCCUCCACCGACCAGGUGUUGGCCAAGAAGGCCCGUAACACAGUGCUGCUCCAUGGGGUUCAGCUGCUGCUGUGCAUGUUGGCGUUUGUCGUGCCGUCCAUGCAGGCUCAGCUCAUACAACUGUUUCCGAUGUAUAGCCUGGAGAUCCGUUAUGUUAAUUUUCUUCUGGUCUACAUCAUCCCACGAUUUCUCAGUCCAAUGAUAUAUGGAUUCAGAGAUGAGAAGUUUCGCAAGUAUUGGCUCAGAUACUUUAUCUCUAAAGCAUCGAGAGUAAAACCAGCCAGCCAUUUCUCUCAAAAGCUUGGAUGAUGUUUUGUUCACUGCUAUACCACAUGAAUGAUUUAUAGGUGACACCGAUUUCUGGAGAGAGUUCAUGUGAAGGAGACAUUUUAACAGGCAACAAGAGAUUAGAAGAAAGUGUGGAUAUUGUUGAUACUGAUAUUGUAUUUUGUAAAUAUAAACACAUUUUGAUGGCUGCAACAGAGAAGGGCCCAGAGAAGGGGCUAUGGAGGCUCAGCAGCAUCUCUGCAUUGAACAGACGUGUAGCUUUCUCCUUGUGUAACAAAGAUUCGAGUUGCAUUUCUUGAUGCAGCGUCAGACUGUUAAGUGCAACUGUUUUCCAAAGUACUCCCGAGUCCAUGUGGCUCUAUUUAACGUAGUAGCAUGACGGUUUCUAAUGCAAUGCCAUCUGAGGGCUCAAAGGUCAUACACAUUUAUUCAAUUGCAUCAUUCAACUGAGGUGUCCUUGCCCUAUACAGACUGAGAUUUCUCUGGAUUCCCUGAAUCUUUUUUACAUUGGUAUAGUGAAAGACAUAAAUUCUUUGCAAACUUGCAUUGAGAAAUGUGAUUUUUCAAUUGUUUGACAAUUCUCUCAUGACAUUUGGCACAAAGUGGUGAGCCAUGACCCAUCUUUUCUUGCAAAGACUGAGAAGCUCUUUUACACCCAAGCACAAUACCCUCACCUGAUACCAAUUCACCUGCUAAUUGUGGACUGUUUAAAAACAGUUUAAAUUGGAUAUUAUAUAAUCUUUUCGCUUUUAUUUUGCAUCUGUCCCAACUUUUUUUGGAGUGUGUUACAGCCUUCAAAAUUAAAAUUUGUUUAAAUUCACAAAAUACAAUUAUGUUGGUCAGUGAAAACAUUGGAAAUCUUUUCUUUGUACUUUUGUCAGUUAAAAAAAGGUUCAAGAGAAUGAACAAAUCACAGAUUUUAUAGCGUUUUACAAAAUGUCCAAAUGGGGUUUGUAAUAUGAGGUUACUCACAAUACAUUACAUGUACAUUUAUGCAUGUAUCCAAAGCGACUUACAAAAGAGGUAUAAAAGCAACAAUGAUCCAACAAUAAUCAUGAUAUAAAAUACAGCUUGCAACAUGCACAUUACUAAACCGACU